AUGUCAUACCUGGCCAUAGUAGUUUCGAACACUUCAGUUACACCAAAUUUUGGCGCUGUUUCCAAAACGAACCUUCAAGGCCUGAAUAAUGCAGAGCCAGAUGGUGGAAUUGUAGCAUUUUCCAUGAACGACACCCAACUAGCAAAUUACUUGAAUCCUUCUGUCACAAUCCGUUACGCUUAUUUAGAAGGGUCUUGUAAGGACCCCGUAAAAAUAUGUAAUCCCCCGCCCUUGACGGCAUUUCCGUCGAGCUUAAUUCUUUGCCUUGCCAUAUUAAACUAUAAUAGCUAUACCGUAGACGUUUCGAUAGAUCUGAUAUUUGCCAAUCCUGUAACAGUAACUACUACUGUGUUCACUACGUCGACGGAAUCAGUCAUAGUAACUGAUUGCGGAUAA